AUGUGCCACACCAGCUGCUCUUCAGGCUGCCCGGUGGCCUGCCCUGGCUCCCCAUGCUGCGUCCCCAGUACCUGCUACCCACUCCAGGGCUGUGGGACCUCCUGCUGCUGCUCAGCCCGUGUGGCUCUGCUGUGCCAGCCCCUCUGUGGGGUGUCCACCUGCUGCCAGCCGGCCUGCUGUGUGCCCAGCCCCUGCCAGGUGGCCUGCUAUGUGUCCGUGAGCUGCAAGCCUGUUUUGUGUGUGGCCUCCUUCUGCCCAACCUCCGGGUGCUGCCAGCCCUCCUGCCCCGCCCUGGUCUAUAGACCGGUCACCUGCAGCAUCCCCACCUGCUGCUGCUGA